UCUUUUUACACAACAAAAUUCCAGUCCAACAGUUCGAAGGAGAAACGGUUCGGAAAUGCUAAAAUACGAAAACAUUUGGCAGCUGUUGGCCGUCGUUGUGCUACUGCAGGUGCAGGGUCUGCGGGCUCAGUGCGCCGACUGCAGCCAGCACUGGGGCUAUCCUUGCAAGGCCAAUGUCACGGGCUACUACUGUGCGCCAGGGUCCGCCAUCGAUACGGUGCCAAUGGUGCAGGAGGACUACGAGACGAGCACCAUUGAUCCCAUGGACAUUUACAAGCAGUGCACGCCCUAUCCCUUUGCUCUGAGCAAAAUCGGCAGCUACUGCUGCGUCUAUUCCCCAAAGAUUGGCUGCCAGGCGGCCAUCAAUACCCACAUGUACAAGUACGAGUCGAAUCCUGUGGUCUACUGCAAGCGCUGCAUCGAUCGCUGCCUCUGCGACAGAGGGGACAAGGGCAACCAUCGGGCAAGACCCUGGCCAUUGGGCAGUCUGCUGUUGGGUGUUCUGGCGAUCAUGGCACUCGGACUGCAAUGCUAAAUUUAAGUGUAAAUUCUGAGUGUAAAUUCGGGUGUUA